AUGCCUUCUGUCUUGCUGUUAUACAGCUCGAAGGGAAAGGAGUGCGGAAAUUCAUCAACUUCUGAAAGGUUGAGGAAACUUUUAAACCAUGCAGGAAUCGGAUGCACAUGUAAACAAAUCGCUGACUUUACUGGUGCACCAUCACUAAACAAUUACCUCCAAGGAAAUCAUUUUAAUUGUGUUAUUGGCAUUCAUGCUUAUCGAACUGGCAAUUUGUUGAUUAGCUGCUGCCUACCAUAUGCCAUAGUUUUUGCAGGUACUGACCUGAACACGCACAUUCACGAUGCUAAGAAAAUGCCUAUUAUCACUGAAGCCGUUCUUGGGGCUAGAUACUUAAUUGCGUUUACCCGCUCUCAUUUUAAUCUAGCUAUGGCUCAAUGGGUGUUGUUACAAACCCACAAAAUACGUUUUCUUUUAAAGCCCAUUUACAAGAGAAAUUGGACUAUCUUUCUAUUAGUUGCUGGCAUACGACCAAUAAAAGAUCCUCUAUUCUUAGCUGAUGCUGUUUCAGAAUGGCAUCGGAAAGAUCCGUCAAUUUAUCUCGUUAUAAUAGGACCUGAGGCUAUGAAUCUCGGUACCCCAGUAAUUGCUCGAAGAAAUGCGGGAAAUUGCGAAAUUGUUGAUCAUCUUAAAACAGGGUUAUUAUUUAAUACACCAGAGGAAUUUAUAGGUUUAGCAAAAUAUCUAUUGUCUUCACAUCAACUAAGAGAUGCUUUAGUCAGACACGCUGUUAAUUAUGUUGAAGCAGAGCAUUCUUUAUCCGAAGAGAUGGAGACUUACUGUAAUAUCGUUCAUACUAUAUCCGGUAAAGGCUUAUAG